AAGAGAAGAGAAGCGAAGCGAAGAGAAGAGAAACGAAAAUGGCCAGGAAUUCAGUGGUUUUGAUACGCCAAUUGCUUGGCAAUCGCAACCACCCGUGUGCUGCAGGUUUUCUUCAUCAUCUUCACGACAAACGCAUCCAAAACCUAACUUCAGUGCCAAAUACCGCAUCAUCUUCAACGCCUAUGGUCGCUCAAACCUAUUCGUCAUUGAGAGCCUCAGCAUCUAUUACGAUGCACUUGAUAAAGUUACAGAUAAACGUAUGUCUGCUGUUUUCUUCUACACAGCACCCUUUUGCCGGGCUACCUAUCAGUGGAUAACUCCAAUCUUUGAUGAGUUGCGUGAGCAAUUCCCACAUAUAACAAUGUUUAAGGUUAUCAUGGAACAGAAUCGCCCUGGACCCACAGUGGAUGUGUUUGGAGUUCAUCGCAAUAUGAACACUGGAUCCACAUUGGACGAGUUGGGAAUUCAGGAGACGCCAACGUUCCAUUGCUAUCUAAAGUUGGAAAGGGUACAUGAGGUUGCCGGUAUUUCUGCCAGACACUUGAAAAAGAGACUCGAAAAUGUCUACAAGCCUUUCCAAAUGAAAGGGUCGAUAAAUAUCUACAAACUCACAUGCAUGCCGAUGCGGAGGGUCGAGCCUAGAACCGCUCCUGGGAACAGGCAAAGCCCUAACCACUGCACUGUGGUGCCCAUCCUCACUCUUCUUAUUCUUUCUUUUUUCUUUUUUUUCUUGAAUGGGUGUUGAAAUUUACAUAUAUAGGGGGCAUUCACAAAUUGCUAUGAAUGGGCUUGAUGGCAUUUUUG